GUGGACUCUCUUUCAUUUCUCAAUUUUUUUCUCUUUUCUAUACAUCAAUCUUUCUCUCUCCAGCUUCUUGAAAAACUAUUCUCAUUUUGCUAUACAAGAACAAUAAAAAAAAAAUUAUUUGAAGAAAAAUAGAAAAGAAGUCUUUUUGGAGCUUGUUUUUCAAUCCAUAUUUUAAUCAUUUUGAGGAUAUAGAGAAAAGCCCCACAAAAGGAAUUGAAUUAGAAAAGAAGAUCUUGAUGGCCCCAAAUGGAGGAGGAGUGAACAAGAACAAUAAUGGGACAUCAAUAGGAAGAAAUCACAAUACAAGGCAAGUACUAAAAAAAGGUCCAUGGACAACAACAGAAGAUGCAAUAUUAAUGGAGUAUGUGAAGAAGCAUGGUGAAGGGAAUUGGAAUGCAGUACAAAGGAAUUCAGGUUUAAUGAGAUGUGGUAAAAGUUGUAGGUUAAGAUGGGCUAAUCAUUUGAGACCACAUCUCAAAAAAGGUGCUUUUUCUAUAGAUGAAGAAAGACUUAUUGUGGAACUUCAUGCUAAACUUGGAAACAAAUGGGCUCGUAUGGCUGCUCAGUUGCCUGGUAGAACGGAUAAUGAAAUCAAGAAUUAUUGGAACACGAGACUGAAGAGAAGACAAAGAGCUGGAUUACCAAUAUACCCUCAAGACAUACAACCACAAAAUUACCAACAAGAUCAAAACCAACAACAUAGUACUAAUAUCCCUUCACCAUUUGAUAAUAAUCACCAAAAUUCCAAUUACAACAAUAAUAAUUCCCCUCUUUCCCUUUUAGAUAUCUUCAAUCCAUCAACUAUGAAACCUAGUAGAAACAUUAUUCCACAUCAAUAUCAAUUCAACAAUAAUAACCCUAGUUCUUCAUUUCUCACAAAUACAAAUAAUAUCAACAAUCAAGUCAAGUUUUUCCGAGACCCUCGCGUUAGCCUUUCUCUAACAUUAGCAUCAUCGAUGAAGAAUUCACAACUUCCUUCAAUGAUAGCGCCCGUGCCUAAUAAUUUUAGUCAGGGCUAUUCUAGUUCAAUCCCGGCUCCACCACUUCAGCAUAACUAUCCAAAUUUCACCACAACUACAAGACCUUUUUCCGGAAUUUCUUCAAACCCUAAUGGUUUAAUCUUAGGUAUGGGCACAGAGCAACGUUCAAUCCAAUUGUCCAUGCCUGAGACUACAACAACAACAACAUCAAGUGAUCAUGCUGAUAAUAAUUACGUUGUUGAACGUGGAUUAUCGCGCGGUAAUAGUGGAUUAUUGGAAGACUUAUUAGAGGAAUCUCAGACAUUAACAAGAGGUGAAAAAAUAGAGGAAAAUUGUAAUGUUGAUAAUGAGGAUAAUAAAGGGAAAUUAGUGUGGGAAGAAUAUGGAUUAACAGAAGAUGCAGCAGAUGCAAUUUUAACUGAAGAAUCAACAUAUAAUUUUGCUCAUGCUGAUGAUAAUAAUGCUACACAAAGUAAACAUUCUGAAGAUUCAAGUUCUCUCAAUUCAUCCUCAGGGAUAACAACAAAGGAAGCUUCAUUAGAGUUGGGUAAUCAAGUGGAUGAUGAUAUUAUGAGAUUUCUUGAUAAUUUUCCACUAGGUGUACCUGUUCCUGAUUGGUGUGAUGAUCAACAAAAUACAUCAAAUGCCCAAUCAUUUGAAUGUGACCAAAUUCAAUUGUCAAAAUCAAGUUCAUGAAGAUUGAAAGCAGAUUCAGACUUUGAGGUCUAUCGAUUUCUUCAACAACUUUAAGUUCGUAAUAAUAAUCAGUCAUAUAGUUAUAUAUGUUUAGUAAAUUUCUUGAAUAUAUAUACACAAAGUCGAUGCAGGAUAUACACGUGAACCUAUAAGUUACAAGCUAGAUCGUCCACCUCUUCAAGGAUUAAUGAAGACUAGGAGAUUGGAGCAUGUUGUUGAAUUAACAUGCUUGUUUUUUUUUUUUUUUUAAUUGGUUAAUUAGAAGCAGUAAACAUUUAUUUAUAUUCAUAAAUUUACCAUUAAGUAGCAGAGAUUGCAGUACUUUGUUGUUACUGUUGUUAUUAUUUAUUUAUUUUUUACUUUAGGUUAAUGUGUAGAUGUACUGAUUAUGAUAAUUGGCCAUUCAAUUGUCUUGGCUUAUUUGUUGUGUGCAAUAUUAAUUAUGAAACAAAUAAAUUAAACUUCUUGUUU